CGAAUGACCGUUAUGUUUACAAACAAGUGACGACUGGCGUGACGCCGAAUACACUUACCGCUGAUAAAUUACUUUCUUUCUUUGUCAAUUUGAAUUUCGGAGCACCCUUAGAAUAUACAGUAUACCACAAUUAACUUCUCGCGAGGGCGGUCUCUGCCGUAGGUCACAUGUCUCAAAGUCAAGCAUCCACCUUUUGUUAGAAUCCGUCGGAAGCGAAUAUGAUGGCAUUCUCAAAGACAUAAACGAAAGUAUAAACGUUACUAAUAUGGGGUUAGAGGGCAAAUUUCAAGAUUCUUGUAAUGGCCGCGCCCACACUGGUGGCAGCGAUGUUACCGAGAGUGUAACGGAGGUGUCACGCGCUGGGAAGGAGCUUGUGCCAGCGCAGCAUCGUAUAGAGAGCUCCGCGGACUAUCGCUGUGAGGAGAAGUUACCGUCGUUCCUCGUACCGAAACUUAAGGUGCCAAGCCAGGGAGAACACGUGCGCUGCAAGGACGUGAAAACGUUUUAUUACACGUCCCCAACAUCGAAAGGAAUGGCAAAUCAAGAUCAGGCUCCUGAAUUCAAGCUGAACAGUUGCUCUGACAAAUUUGCAGACAAGACAAAGGAUGUAUUUGGCUAUCUGUCUGUUCUGGAGGUGAAACAUGAGGCACAUCAGAAGGCUCAUCAGACAUCUUAUGAGAAUCUUCUGAAGAAAGAUCCCAAUGAAGAAGAUACAAGGACAAUAGAGAAAACUGCUCAAUAUAAACAUUGUGGAGAGAAGUGUGAUGUACGCAUUAACAAACCAUACAACCACUCACAAAUCAGAGGUUAUGGCAGACCUCGGCAUUCCCAGCAUCAAAACAGAGAUUUUAGAUGUCCUCCCAAAAAAUUAUCAUGUCACAGUGGUCACAGACGUGGUACUCCAGAUUACAAAGUUCACCCAGAGCGAUGGACUCCCUACUCUUUGGAUGAUGUGUCCAACACUGAUAUGUCUGAUUCCUCCAACACACAAGCAGCAUUCAAGUUUUUAGAUGAGAGGAAAAAAAUGAGAGAACUUGAAGCACAUUCUGAAGAAGCUUCACCUGCCAACCUGGAAGAGACUGCCUGCUCCAGGAUGGCAAUAAAAUUUGUGAAGCGCCAGGACAGGAAGGGGCAGAGGAUUGAGACACAGGGUAGCACAAGCAGACAGAAGGAGGUGGUGGUGCUGCCUGUUGUGGAGGAGAUUGAAAAUGAAGAUGAGGUUGCUGAAUGUAGUGAAAAAAUCAAGGAUGAUAAAGUUUCAUUCAAGAGGAAGAAAGGAAAUAAGAAAAAUAUCCGUUCACGUCCAGGUGAAGAGGAAGUCAAAUAUGAUCAAGAAGGAUGAUAUGUAAAAUUCAUCAAACAUAAUGAUUAUUUAUGAUUCAGUUGUGAGAAUAUUGCUAAUAUGCAAUCAUUCUCAUUCUAACUGAAAUGACCAGUCUAUAUAAAGAUAUGUUUUGUGCACACACGGAGUGUAUUUGUGGAUGAAAUAUGAGCUGUUUCUCAUCCGUUCCUGUACACAGAUAAUUUAGAGAAUACCGAUACGUAAAGGAAGGUUUCAUUCACUCAAUCAAUAAAUCAAUCAAUAAAUUAGUUGUUAUCAUAACUGCAAAUGGGGUGGUGGGGGUAGCCUAGUGGUUGCUCGUCACACCGAAGGCCCAGGUUCGAUUUCCCACAUGGGUACAAUGUGUGAAGCCCGCCGUGAUAUUGCUGGAAUAUUGCUAAAAGCGGCAUAAAACAAUACUCACUCACCCACUCACUCACUCACAACUGCAAACAAUUAAAGACGGUGGUGGUUUAACAUAAUUAUCAGUUCCAAUUUUGUUUAUUAGUCAGCCUUGCUUAGUCAGUGAAUAUAUUAAGAUACAUACCAUGCAACACUAAAUUUUUUUAACAGGUCACAUCAACUUCAAGUAGCUGCUGCCACAACAGUUAAGGUAAAGAUAGGGGUGUUUAGUUAGUAUACCCGUUUUGCCCAACUCCUGAAAGUAAAGUGCCAUAUUGUACAAUAGUUAUAUGUCUCAACAAGUCACCUACUUUUAGUGUAAAACUCUCAUCCUGGCAGGUGACUUUGAGAGCAACCCAGCUCCACCUAGGCUGGGCCAAGACAGACCCCCAAGGCAGUGUAAGUUGACAUAUACUGGAGAAAUACAGGUAGAUCAACCAGAAGAUGCAGUGGGUACAGAAACAGAUGUUAACAGAACACCUUUGAAAGCAAAUAGCAGAACUAAAUAAGAAUAUAACAGUGUUGCAAGGAUAAUUGACUUAACUAUUGGUGAAUGUUGAUUGAUGACCGAUUGACCUAAAGAAAUAAAAAUACAACAUCCAAAGUGAAAUCAGAAAAUGAAAUCCUGAUACUUUGUGUUGAUGAACAAGCAAAAUACAUAUCGGAUAUUCAAGACGCUGUGGAUAAACAAGUACUCAAGGAGAAAAGGGGAAAGUCGAUCUCAGUGCCAAGAUAAGUUAAGAACUUUUAUAAGUAGAGAGCUGGAGAUAGAGAGUGACUGAAUCUACUGAGCGUUGACUCCAGUGACAUUAAAGUUAACGAAAUGUACCUUGGAAAGUGAAAGAAGUGUCGUAAAAGAUCUCAAAUUCUUAAUUUAAUACUGUAUUGAA